CUAUCAGAAAACAAUCAGAAGAAGGAGAGGGAGAAUGCAUCUAUUUGGUUUGGGAAUGGUGAUUAUAGGUAGGGAUUGGGGAAGCUUCUGAGCAGCACAUGUAAUUGAGACUCAAUUCAAUGGCCAACCACUCUUCUACUUCUUCUAUCCUCUGCGCUUCUUUCAACCAGGACCUUAGUUACUUUGCUGUUGGCACCAGGGACGGUUUUAGAAUAUUUGAGACCAAUUCAGGAAAACUCUGCUAUGAAAGAGCUGUUGGAGCUUUUGUUAUUGUGGAGAUGCUGUUUAGCUCCAGUCUUAUUGCUAUCGUUGGUGCUGGUGAUCAGCCAUCUUUGUCCCCUCGCCGUCUCUCUUUAUUCAAUACAGCCUCGGGUGCUGCUUCUAAAGAAUUGAACUUUCUAACUUCCAUACUUGCUGUUCGCAUGAAUAGAGAAAGACUUGUUGUCAUUUUACAAGACAAAGCAUAUGUAUAUGAAAUGCGUAGUCUCAGUAUUGUGGACAUUAUUGACACGGUGCCAAAUAAUAAAGGGCUUUGUGCUUUUUCCCCUUGCUUGGAUGCUUGCUAUUUGGCUCUGCCUGCCAGUACUACCAAAGGAUCUGCAUUGUUGUAUAAUGUCAUGAAUCGUCAUUUACACUGUGAGAUUGAGGCUCAUCGUUCACCAUUGGCUGCAAUGGUUCUUUCUUCUAAUGGAAUGUACAUAGCUACAGCAUCUGAGCAAGGUACCAUAAUCAGAGUUCAUUUGGUGUCAGAUGCAACAAAGCAGUCAUAUAGCUUUAGAAGGGGGACAUACCCGUCUACUAUAUUUUCACUGUCGUUUGGACCAUCGAAGGAGCUUCCAGAUAUUCUUGCAGCCUCAAGUUCUUCUGGUUCUAUUCAUCUUUUCACUCUUGGAUUUGCUUCACAUCCAAGGAGUAUGAGUUCAAGUGGCUUUCUAGGAUCAAUAAUUCCUGGUGCUGUGAGUGGUGUGCUCGAUCCUGCUUAUCAUCACGUACUUCAUGAUGCUGUUCCUGCAGGGGUGAAAAGCUAUGUAGUAAUUCGCAAGGUUGAAAAUUUGACCAACUCCUCAUCAUCUGAACUCCUAGCUUGUAGGGCAAUUUUGUCGGUAAUAACAUAUAACGGAUUCUUCAAGGAAUACAACAUAAGCAUUAAUGCCCGGAAUGAAUUAUCUUGGGCUUUAGGUCGUGAGUUCAAUCUUUUGACUGUGACCUAGGACAAGCAACCGGGAGUGGCAAAACACUGUUUAUAGCGAACCAUCUAUAACUGUAAAGCUUGAGGAAUUGCAUUCUACACUCAAACUUCUAGAACUACCCCUGCUACCAACAUUCAAGUGUUCCUCAGAAAUUCUCAGAGCUCUCAUGGCUUCCAUCAUGAGUGUUACUUGCACGAGUCAGUGAUACAAAAUUCUGUAUAAGUUAUGUGUACAGAGUAAGAACUUCAUUUACUUUUCUCGGACAAUGCAAGGGAAGUACGUUAAAAUUAUAUUUAAUCUGGGUUUCUAAAAGUAUUUAUAAUCUGGUUCUCGUAUGUUAAAUUGGUUUAUCAAGUGGUAAGUGCCUUGGAUAACCCAAAUUAGUACUCAUGAUGAACAUACUGACUAUUUUGGUCAUCCUCGAAAAUGUAAUUAUCAAUGUUUGAAAUAAAUGAUAAGGAAGUAUUUGGAGCCACA